AUGCCGCCGACACGGACCACUAAAUCGUAUGAGGGCAAGAAGGCGGCAGAUGCUGCAGUGUAUGGGGUGAAGCCGGGCUUCAAACAUGAAGGCAGGCUAUCAGCUGUUCCCGGCAUGUCCGACGAGACGACGGUGAGCCGCUUCGCGACUGGCUCAUACGCACAGGUACCCCAUUCAUUCACCCAGAGCAGCGUCAAGGCAGAAUCUCCCAUCUCGGUGAAGUCUGAGCCACAGUCCGAUCAAGAAAUGUCGAGACCUCAAUCUGUUCAAAAUGCCGCAGCUGCUGUGCACUUUGACGCCGAUGACUUCAGUGACGAUGAGGAUCUCAGCUUUAAUGAAGCACCACCGGCACCGAAGCAAACCCGAAAGCCAAAGACUGCAAGAGCACCGCGACCCACGGGACCUAAGGGAUCUACCAGCGUUUGCUUCCAGUAUGAUUUCGAAUGGGAAAAACAUCGUGUCGAGUGGCUCGGCCAUGCGACAAGGGCGGUCACAUUCAAAGACAAACUGACGCCGGCACACAUUGACACGCUGCUCUCCUUCACGGAAACCUGCGAACGCCUCACCUCAUUCUCGUUCGUCUAUCACGACGUCGACUACGACGCUACCAACUCGGCCGAGGAGCUGACUGACGAUGAUAUCAUCAAAAUCGCCCGCGCCUGUCCCAAGCUGAAAGGCUUUUACCUCCCAGGCGCAUCGGGCCUCACAGAAAAGGCGUUCCUUGCGCUGUGCGAACAUUGCCCUGACCUCUCGACUCUGCAAAUUAGCAAAGCCUCAAGAGGCCCAGGUAACACAGGCCACGAUAUCGUCUUCGAGGCAUUAAGAAAUCAUCCGGAGUGGGUGCCAAAGCUGAAGGAGCUUCGCAUCGCGAAGAUGAGCUGGACAAGCAAAGUACUGCGAGAGCUGUCGAAGGCGCGGCCGAAGCUCCACAUUAUACUGAUCUCAACUAGUGAGGUCAAGAAAUGGGGCGACUGGCAGUUGGAAACCUACCAGUCUGAGUGGUGGAGAGGGAAGUGCCAAGACAGGGAUGGAGUGGCUAAGAGGAAUCAGAGGAGAUGGGAGAAGUAUGACGGGUACGGUUUCUACUAG